AAAUCGGUCUUUUAAAACGGAAGUCCCUUUCUAUCUUCCUGCGUCGGAGUGCAGCAGGGAUUUUGUAUUGGUGGCAUUUUAUUCAAGAAAAAGUCAACGAAACAAUCAAGAUGCCUGAAGAUAUGCGCCAAGAAGAGGAGCCGGAGACCUUUGCCUUCCAGGCAGAGAUCGCCCAGCUUAUGUCCCUGAUUAUUAACACCUUCUAUUCCAACAAGGAGAUCUUCCUUAGGGAGUUGAUCUCCAAUGCCUCUGAUGCUUUGGACAAAAUCCGUUAUGAAAGUUUGACUGACCCCACCAAACUGGACGACGGAAAAGAGUUGAAGAUAGACGUCAUCCCCGAUGUGGCUGCACGUACCCUGACCCUGAUUGAUACCGGAAUCGGCAUGACUAAAGCUGACCUCAUCAAUAACCUUGGAACAAUCGCCAAAUCUGGCACCAAGGCCUUCAUGGAGGCUCUUCAGGCUGGAGCUGACAUCUCCAUGAUUGGUCAGUUUGGUGUGGGUUUCUACUCUGCCUACCUGGUUGCUGAGAAAGUGGUUGUCAUCACCAAACAUAAUGAUGAUGAACAAUACAUCUGGGAGUCUUCAGCUGGAGGCUCUUUCACAGUCAAGGUCGACAGUGGUGAGCCCAUUGGCCGUGGAACUCGGGUGAUUCUGCACCUGAAGGAGGACCAGACUGAGUACAUUGAGGAGAAGAGAGUGAAGGAAGUGAUCAAGAAGCACUCCCAGUUCAUCGGAUAUCCCAUCACCUUGUUCGUGGAGAAGGAGCGCGAGAAGGAGAUCAGUGACGAUGAGGCAGAGGAGGAGAAGCCAGAGGAGAAGGAGAAGGAAGAAAAGGAGGAAGGCGAGGACAAGCCAAAGAUUGAGGAUGUAGGCUCAGAUGACGAGGAAGACUCCAAAGACAAGGACAAGAAGAAGAAGAAGAAGAUCAAGGAGAAGUACAUCGACCAGGAGGAGCUGAACAAGACCAAGCCCAUCUGGACCAGGAACCCAGACGACAUCACCAACGAGGAGUACGGAGAGUUCUACAAGAGCCUCACCAAUGACUGGGAGGAUCAUCUUGCCGUCAAGCACUUCUCAGUGGAAGGACAGCUUGAGUUCAGAGCCCUGCUCUUCAUUCCCCGUCGUGCCCCCUUCGACCUCUUUGAGAACAAGAAGAAAAAGAACAACAUUAAGCUUUACGUCAGGAGGGUCUUCAUCAUGGACAGCUGUGAGGAGCUCAUCCCAGAGUACCUGAACUUUGUCCGUGGCGUGGUGGACUCUGAGGACCUGCCCCUCAACAUCUCCAGGGAGAUGCUGCAGCAGAGCAAGAUCCUGAAGGUCAUCCGCAAGAACAUAGUCAAGAAGUGUAUGGAGCUCUUCGCCGAGCUGGCCGACGACAAGGAGAACUACAAGAAGUUCUACGAUGGCUUCUCAAAGAACCUGAAGCUUGGAAUCCACGAAGACUCCCAGAACCGCAAAAAGCUCUCAGAGCUUCUCCGUUACCACAGCUCUCAGUCUGGGGAUGAGUUGACCUCCCUCACGGAGUACCUCACACGCAUGAAGGAGAACCAGAAGUCCAUCUACUACAUCACUGGUGAGAGCAAGGACCAGGUUGCCAACUCGGCCUUUGUGGAGCGGGUGCGCAAGCGUGGUUUCGAGGUCCUGUACAUGACGGAGCCCAUCGAUGAGUACUGCGUUCAGCAGCUGAAGGAGUUUGAUGGCAAGAGCCUGGUCUCUGUCACCAAAGAGGGUCUGGAGCUCCCUGAGGAUGAGGAGGAGAAGAAGAAGAUGGAGGAUGAUAAGACCAAGUUUGAGAACCUCUGCAAGCUCAUGAAGGAGAUUCUGGACAAGAAAGUGGAGAAGGUCACCGUGUCCAACAGACUGGUUUCAUCGCCUUGCUGCAUCGUCACCAGCACGUACGGCUGGACGGCCAACAUGGAGAGGAUCAUGAAGGCCCAGGCCCUCAGGGACAACUCCACAAUGGGCUACAUGAUGGCCAAGAAGCACCUGGAGAUCAACCCUGAUCAUCCCAUCGUGGAAACCCUCAGGCAGAAGGCCGACGUCGACAAGAACGAUAAGGCUGUGAAGGACCUGGUCAUCCUGCUGUUCGAGACCGCCCUGCUGUCCUCCGGCUUCUCCCUGGACGACCCCCAGACCCACUCCAACCGCAUCUACAGGAUGAUCAAACUUGGCCUGGGCAUCGACGAUGACGACGUACCCGCUGAAGAGCCCACCUCCGCCCCCGCCCCCGAUGUGCUCCCCCCACUAGAAGGAGAAGACGACGCAUCGCGCAUGGAGGAAGUGGACUAAAGCAACGCUUGGGUCCAAGCCUUUAGCCUCACCUUUUCAAUUGUACAUCUUACUGGGAAACAUGGUCAUAUCUUUGGUUAUAAGAAAGUCUAACUCCUGUUGUCCAGUGGACGUUGUCUUUCCCAGACAUUUUUCCUUUUUGCUCAAUAUAAAAGUUAAUGGUGACAAACACAUUUUAACCAGUACCCUGUUGCACUGAGUUUGAUUACUGGCCGGGUCGAUGUGUGAACAUGGGGAAUGGACAUUCCAUGGUGGAAAGGGGUCCGGUGGAUCGGUUCAUGUGCUACAGUUGCAUGAGUGGACUGCAAGAUUCCUUUGCCUGAGUUCAGGCUUGUCUGUAUUCAGUCUUUUUGUUUUGGAAAAAAAUAAAAGAUGUUAUACCCUAAA